UACAGAGUGACGAAGUGUUUAAUAUAAAUGUCUAUGAAAUAUUAUCCAUCUGUUUUGUUUAUUUAGUUGAUGUAAGAGCAAGUGGAUUUUGAGAAUGUGGAUCUCGUCAGAUUUUGAUGAAAGCAAGUGUGCAGGUGAGACGAGACGCAAAAAACAAAAGAUUGAUCUGACUCACCUCUGCAGAUCCAUAAUGGACCAAUCACAAACAUCAACAGAUGGAGAUUUUUCUCCAGGAUGCAGUUCAGUUCAUCAGAAGAGAUCAGAUCCAGAGCCCAGCUGUGUGUCCAUAAAGAGUGAUCAGUCUAUGGUUCAGCCAUUGAAAUUUAACUCUGGAGAUAAACAGCCUGAUCUCAAUUCAGUUUAUCAGAAGAGAUCAGAUCCAGAGCCCAGCUGUGUGUCUAUGAAGAGUGACUGGUCUAUGGUUCAGCCAUUGAACUUUAACUCUGGAGAUAAUCAACCUGAUCUUAAGACAAUUCACUCAGCCGGACCAAUCAUAACAGAACAGAGUCCGCCACAGGUCUUUAAUUACAACACAGAUCCGGGAUUCAGCCAUAAAUCUGAUGUCCUUAACACAUUUAGAUCAAAUCUAAGUAAAAGAUAUCAGUGUUUAUGUGAGGGAACAUCAAAGCAGGGAACCCCAACACUACUGAAUGAGAUCUACACAGAGCUUUACAUCACAGAGAGUGAAAGUGGAGAGAUCAGUAAUGAACAUGAGGUGAGACAGAUUGAGAGACAAUCCAGAAGAACAACAACAGAGGAGACACCAAUCAAAUGUAAUGACAUCUUUAAACCUUUACCUGAACAACACAAACACAUCAGAAGUGUGCUGACAAAGGGAGUCGCUGGCAUUGGAAAAACAGUCUCUGUACAGAAGUUCAUUCUGGACUGGGCUGAAGAGAAAGAGAAUCAGGACGUCCACCUCAUAUUUCCACUUCCUUUCAGAGAGAUCAAUUUGAUGAAGGACAAAACACUCAGUCUUUUAGAUCUUCUUCAUCUUUUCUUCCCAGAGACAAAAGAAAUGGAAAUCUUCAGUGAUAAAUAUAAAGUGUUGUUCAUCUUUGAUGGUUUGGAUGAGUGUCGUCUGUCUCUGGAUUUUCACAGCAGUGUGAGGUUGUGUGAUGUAAAUGAAUCAACCUCAGUAGACGUGAUGCUGACAAACCUCAUCAAGGGGAAUCUGUGUCCCUCUGCUCUCAUCUGGAUCACCUCAAGACCAGCAGCAGCUGAUCUCAUCCCCUCUGAGUGUGUUGAUCGAGUCACAGAGGUACAAGGCUUCAAUGAUCCACAGAAGGAGGAAUACUUCAGGAAAAGAAUCAGUGAUGAGAGUCUGUCUGAUCAAAUCAUCUCACACCUGAAGUCAUCCAGGAGUCUCUACAUCAUGUGUCACAUCCCAGUCUUCUGCUGGAUUUCAGUCACUGUUCUAGAGAGAAUAUUGAGUAAAUCAAACAGAAGAGAGAUCCCCAAGACUCUCACACAAAUGUACACACACUUCCUGAUCAUUCAGACAAACAUCAAACAUCAAAAGGACUAUGAGAAAAAAGUGAAAGAUGAAGAAUUGAUCUUUAAACUGUGUAAACUGGCUUUUGAGCAGCUUGUGAAAGGCAAUGUGAUCUUCUGUGAUGAAGACCUGAGAGAUUUUGGGAUUGAUGUAUCAGAAGCAUCAGUGUACUCAGGAUUGUGUACUCAGAUCUUCAGAGAGGAGUUUGGUUUGUAUCAGGGGAAAGUUUACAGCUUUGUUCAUCUGAGCAUUCAGGAACAUCUAGCAGCUCUACAUGUGCACCUCGCCUUUAUUAACAACAACAUAAAUGCACUUGACCAAAUUAGCAAACCAACUGAUGGUAUCAGAAGAGAAGAGUUAACAUUAUCUCUUCUGCAUCAGAGGGCUGUCGAUGCAGCUUUAGAGAGUAAAAAUGGACAUCUGGAUCUUUUUCUUCGAUUCCUUUUGGGUCUCUCAGUGGAGUCCAAUCAGAAUCUCUUACAUCAUCUACAAACAGGAAGCCUCUCUUUCAAAAAAGAGGAAACAGUUGUAUUUAUCCAGAUGAGGAUCUGGUCUGAUCAUUCUCUAGAGAAAUCCAUCAAUCUAUUUCACUGUCUGAAUGAACUGGGUGAUCAUUCACUCAUAGAGGAAAUUCAACAAUAUCUUAAAUCUGGUGAAAUAAGAAAAGUGAACCUCUCCCCAUCACAAUGGUCAGCAUUAGUUUUUGUGUUGCUGAUCUCAGAAAAGAACAUGAAUGUGUUUAAACUGAAGAGAUUUAUUACACUACUGCCUACAGCUCAGCAAUUCCUUCAAAAGUAUCUGUCUGCAGGAUUCAGAUCAGAUCAGUAAGUAACACUGACAUACAAUCACUACACUCUUAAAACAUUAUA